AUGACUGUAAAAGAGUAUACUAAAUCGAAGUUGCCAUGCUCGAUAUUGAAUAUCAAACCUACAGUCACUAAAAGUGGCGAGGAUGCGCCUCUUCUAGUAUGGAUCCCUGGUAAUCCUGGGCUUUUAUACUAUUAUCAAGAAAUGCUACAUCAUCUACACUUGAAGCACCCAGAUUGGGAAAUUCUUGGCAUAUCCCAUGCCGGAAUGACAUUGAACGCUCAUUCUAAUACACCGAUAUUUUCUUUACAAGAUCAAGUAGAUCAUCAGGUAGAGGUAAUUAACAAUUUCUCAUGCAAGAACAGGAAAAUUAUUAUUAUGGGACAUUCGGUUGGGGCAUACAUCGUACAAAAAGUAUGCCUUUCUAACAAACUGGUUGGCUCCGUACAAAAAGUUGGUCUCGUUACACCAACUGUGAUGGACAUUCACACCUCUGAGAUGGGUAUCAAAAUGACAGCGGCACUUCGUUAUAUUCCACCAUUGGCUCAUGUGGUAUCAUUGUUCAGUUAUAUUUUCUUUUAUUGGAUCUUAUCAGAAGGGUUUUCAAGAUUUAUUAUUGAUAAAUUUAUGGGCUGUGGAAGUACUGGUUAUCAGGCAGUACUAUCUACAAGAAUUUUUUUGACUCAUAGGCAGUUUGUUCGUCAAUCUCUAGGAUUAGCUGCCCAGGAGAUGGAAGAAAUAACUACGAACUGGGAGUUUCAAGAUAGAUUUAUCAAUUAUUGCGAAGAGAACGGAAUUUCUAUUUGGUUUCUCUUCAGUAGCAACGACCAUUGGGUUUCUGGUAAGACCAGAUCACAUUUGUCGGAUUAUUAUAAGGAUAAAGUCAAGCAGGAACGCUUAAAAAUUGAUGUCACUGACAAAAUACCUCAUUCAUUUGUAGUAAAACAUGCAGAAUAUGCUAUCAAUGCAUUUUUUUAG